AUGUCGUUGGCGCUGUCUCGCACGCUGCUCGACAGGUUCUUCCCCGACGAUGGAGUGGCCGUCGAGCUGGUGGACGGCCUGAUCCUGCGCGAACGCGGCCGCAAACAGGAGUACGACGCCAAGGACGGCGCGGCGGGUCACGAGGAGCAGGAGGACCGCGACGGCGCCGUGAGGUGGCACUGCAGGGAGAGGCCCGGCAGGCGGGCGUUGGCGACGCAGUUAAGAAGCGGCAGCACGGCGGCAACAAGCCAGUGUGCUGCAGGUUCUGGCCCUGACGCGACGCGACGCGACGAGGCCGACCGCCAGACGUGA